AAUCCCCGAGCUGGGAGCCAGUGACUGGCGGUGACGUCGGCGGAUGCCGGAAGCGGGAGCGGAAGCUGCUGGGCUGCUACUGCUGGGGAGGAGGAAAAUAACACAGCCGACUUUACGGAGCAGGAACCGGGCGAAGGCACCGACCGGGACGCUGAUCCUCCCCGCCGGCCGCGGCAGCCUCCUCUUCCCCCAGCCGGGGGAGGAUGGGGAUGGACAAAGCUACGUGACGGUCCCAGCGGUGACAGACUGGAGAGCUUGACGUUCACCCAGUGAAAGAUGCCGCUAUUAAGGCAGCCAAUGUAGCAAAGAUUGCUUAAGAACCAUAAAGCCUGGAGAAAAGGACUGUACAUGGGUUCUUUAUGCAGAAUCAAUGCUGUGAUAAUUGUCUUCUAGAGAGGAGAUAACCAAACAAGUUUGGCAAUCAUGCCACCAAGACCUUCCUCCGGAGAAUUAUGGGGGAUGCACUUGAUGCCCCCUAGCAUCCUGGUGGAUUGCUUAUUGCCCAAUGGAAUGAUGGUGACAUUAGAAUGUUGUCGUGAGGCUACUCUUGUGAACAUUAAGCAUGAGUUGUUUAAAGAGGCCAGGAAGUACCCUCUUCACCACUUACUCCAAGAUGAGUCCUCUUAUAUUUUUGUCAGUGUUACACAAGAGGCAGAAAGAGAAGAAUUCUUCGAUGAGACUCGCCGCCUUUGUGAUCUUAGGUUGUUCCAACCUUUCCUCAAAGUCAUUGAGCCUGUAGGGAACAGGGAAGAGAAAAUUCUAAAUCGGGAAAUUGGUUUUGCCAUAGGAAUGCCUGUUUGUGAAUUUGACAUGGUAAAGAAUCCAGAGGUUCAAGACUUCAGGAAAAAUAUCCUCAAUGUUUGUAAAGACGCAGUAGAACUUCGUGAUGCAAAUGGACCUAUUAGUAGAGCACUUUAUGUUUACCCACCUAAUGUAGAAUCCUCUUCAGAGCUUCCCAAGCACAUAGAAAGCAAACUAGACAAAGGGCACAUAAUUGUUGUUAUUUGGGUAAUUGUAUCUCCCAACAAUGAGAAGCAGAAGUACUCUUUGAAGAUCAACCAUGAUUGUGUCCCUGAACAUGUAAUAGCAGAAGCCAUCAGAAAGAAGACAAGAAGUAUGUUACUGUCCACUGAACAGUUAAAGCUAUGUGUUCUGGAGUACCAGGGCAAGUACAUAUUAAAAGUUUGCGGUUGUGAUGAAUACUUGCUGGAAAAGUAUCCACUCAGUCAGUAUAAGUAUAUAAGAAGUUGCAUAAUGCUUGGUCGGAUGCCCAAUUUAAUGUUAAUGGCCAAAGACAGCUUGUACAACCAGAUUCCGGUUGACACUUUCACAAUGCCCUCCUACUCAAGACGGAUUUCGACAGCAACACCAUACAUGAAUGGAGAAGCAUCUGCUAAAUCUCUCUGGGCUAUCAACAGCACUCUAAGGAUACAAAUUCUGUGUGCAACAUACGUCAAUGUAAACAUACGAGAUAUUGAUAAGAUCUAUGUCCGAACUGGUAUUUAUCAUGGAGUUGAGCCAUUGUGUGACAAUGUCAACACUCAGAGGGUUCCCUGUUCGAAUCCAAGGUGGAGUGAAUGGCUUUUGUAUGAUAUGUUCAUCCCUGAUCUGCCCAGGGCAGCUCGUCUCUGUCUUUCUAUUUGCUCAGUGAAGGGGCGAAAAGGAGCUAAAGAAGAGCACUGCCCAUUAGCCUGGGGAAAUAUAAACCUGUUUGAUUACACGGAUACACUCGUUUCUGGAAAAAUGGCCUUGAACCUAUGGCCUGUACCUCAUGGGUUAGAAGACUUGCUCAACCCUAUUGGUGUCACAGGGUCCAACCCAAACAAGGAAACCCCCUGCUUGGAGCUAGAAUUUGACAGUUUCAGUAGCCCUGUGAAGUUCCCAGAUAUGAUGGCAAUAGAAGAUCACGCAAAUAAAGUUUUAGAUAGAGAAAUGGGAUACAAUUACAGCCAUUCUGGACUGACUAGCAGAAUAGCCAGAGAUAAUGAAGUCCUUGAAAGCGAUAAAGAACAGCUGAAAGCCAUAUCUACUCGGGACCCUCUUUCAGAAAUAACUGAACAAGAAAAAGAGUUCCUAUGGAGCCACAGGCAUUAUUGUCGGAAUACGCCAGAAAUUCUUCCUAAGCUGCUCUUAGCUGUGAAAUGGAAUUGCAGGGAUGAUGUUGCACAGAUGUAUUGUCUGCUUAAAGACUGGCCCGCAAUCCGACCUGAGCAAGCAAUGGAACUGCUAGAUUUUAAUUACCCAGACCGAGUAGUACGCUCGUUUGCUGUUACAUGCCUGGAGAAGUUUUUGACAGAUGACAAGCUGUCACAGUAUUUAAUCCAACUAGUACAGGUUCUAAAGUAUGAGCAAUACUUGGACAAUUUACUAGUGAGGUUUCUACUGAAGAAGGCACUAACGAAUCAAAGAAUUGGGCACUUCUUCUUCUGGCACUUGAAGUCCGAAAUGCACAACAAGACAGUCAGUCAGAGGUUUGGACUGUUGCUGGAAUCGUACUGCCGUGCUUGUGGGAUGUACCUCAAGCAUUUGAGUAGACAGGUGGAGGCCAUGGAAAAACUCAUCAACCUCACUGACAUCCUCAAGCAGGAGAAGAAGGAUGAGCCUCACAAGGUGCAGAUGAAGUUUCUAGUUGAGCAAAUGAAGAGGCCUGAUUUCAUGGACGCAUUACAAGGCUUUACCUCACCUCUCAACCCUGCUCACCAAUUGGGAAAUCUCAGGCUUGAAGAAUGCAGAAUAAUGUCCUCUGCAAAAAGGCCGCUGUGGCUAAACUGGGAAAACCCAGAUAUUAUGUCUGAGAUGCUGUUUCUGAAUAAUGAGAUCAUCUUUAAAAAUGGAGAUGAUUUGCGUCAAGAUAUGUUGACGCUGCAAAUCCUAAGAAUUAUGGAAAACAUUUGGCAAACUCAGGGGCUUGAUUUACGGAUGCUGCCGUAUGGUUGCCUGUCUAUUGGCGACUGUGUAGGACUCAUUGAGGUGGUCAGAUGUUCUCAUACUAUUAUGCAAAUUCAGUGCAAAGGAGGUCUAAAAGGUGCUCUGCAGUUCAACAGCCAUACAUUACACCAGUGGCUCAGGGAUAAAAACAAAGGAGAAACGUAUGAUGCUGCCAUUGACUUGUUCACUCGAUCUUGUGCUGGUUACUGUGUUGCUACUUUUAUCCUGGGAAUAGGGGACCGCCACAACAGUAACAUUAUGGUGAAAGACAAUGGACAACUUUUUCACAUAGAUUUUGGGCACUUUCUGGAUCACAAAAAAAAGAAGUUUGGCUACAAGCGCGAGCGUGUACCUUUUGUAUUAACACAGGACUUUUUAAUUGUCAUCAGCAAGGGAAUACAAGAAUGCACAAAGACCAGGGAUUUUGAGAGGUUUCAAGAGAUGUGUUACAAAGCCUAUUUGGCAAUUCGCCAGCACGCCAAUCUUUUCAUCAACCUGUUUUCCAUGAUGCUUGGCUCUGGGAUGCCUGAACUGCAGUCUUUUGAUGACAUUGCCUACAUCCGAAAGACACUGGCACUAGAAAAAACUGAACAGGAAGCCUUGGAAUAUUUCAUGAAACAGAUGAAUGAUGCCCAUCAUGGCGGCUGGACAACAAAAGUGGACUGGAUCUUCCACACAAUAAAACAGCGUGCUUUAAACUGAGCAGGGUGCUGGAAGCAGGCUACAGACUUGUCACCCACUCUGUGGGUACUACACUGCACUGUCAAUGUGGAAGGGCAGCAAAGACCGGCUGCAUGGGAAUUGCACAAACCACAAAGAGCAUUACUAUCACAACAGCAGCUAUAAGAAUGCACCAGAACCAUUAACACUAACAGGGUCUACAACAACACUAAAGGAAUACAUUUCAAGAGCUACAGUCCGGAUUUCAAACAUUAUGCCUUAAUGUCAAACAGGAGGCUAACCCUCUUUGCUUGCGUUUUAGUACCCAAUGUAUGGUCAUGGUCUAUUUGAUACAAACAGUAGUUUGGCACAGAGAAAUAUUUUUGUGAUUCCCAUGUGUGUUUUGGAACGCUGAUUUUUGAACCUUUGGUGCAGUAAUAUACUAGGAACUGAUUGAAGGGAACUAACUGCUCUUCCUAAAUGCCUCACAGUAUUGUUCAACUACAAUGCAAUGUUCAAUGCGCUUGACAAGUGUCCAUUUUUAUUUUUUAGUUCUUUCAAAAUGUGAUACCAUGUAAGUCAUGCGAGAAGUAUGGUCUUGUUCUGGUCUUUCGCCAUCAUUUUGUUUCUAUCUUUGUUUUUUAGUUUGCAAAAGUUGCACCAUUCAUAAGAACAGAACAGUUUCAUUCUUUCCUGGAGUUAUAAAUAAGUGUGAAAUUCACACAGUAAAUGUGUGUGUUGAGUAUGUUUGUGUCCAUGAACAUGACACUCAUCAUUACUUAUCUGUUUUUUUUUUUAUUCAUCUUACAUAAAAUACUACAAAAUGAGAGACCAGAUAAAACUGGGGUUGUUUUAAGUUAACCGCUUAUUGCACUGAAGAAUUUUGCUCUUAUUAAACUCUUAUUUUUAUAGUCUUCCUAGUCUAUGUUAAGGAAUUUUGUUCUUUAUUUUAUGUGUACUUGAUAUUUAAUCCCAGAUUUAGUUUAUUUGUUUCAGAGGUUGCAUCAAAUGUAAUCUAUAUUCACGUUAAAGUGUUUGAAUGUUUUCUUUUUUAUUUUACAUGAGGUUAUGCAGUUAGUUUUGUCUUCAGACGCGUACAACGAGUUUGUGUGUGUACAUCAUUUUCUAUAUGUAUGCAUACAGUUUUUUAAGGCACUUACUCUUUUAUAACUGUCCCUGUAUUAUCUUGCUUCAUUCUUGUGUUUCGCCAGUGUAUGAACCUUAUCCUGCCCAGGACAUUUUACCAGGUUUUGAUGGGGAUAUGUAGGGACUACUGGAAAUCCUGUACACUGUGUUGUGCAUGGCCUUUGGCUAUCUUUACCAAAUUAUAAUGAAGCGAUAAACACAUUUGACACCAUGUUUCAAUGUUUUAAUACAGUAUUUUCACUUCUGUCUAAUAGCCCCUUACUGCGUCCAGCCUUGCAUUUCCUCUAUGAAUACUGCCGCUGGGUACACUUUAUCACAAGAGUAUCAGCCAACCACAAUACAUGCAAGUCAUCUAGAUAAACAAGCCACUUUACAAGGUAGUUCUGUCUAUCGUUACACAGUAAUGAGAAUUAUCUCAUUAAUAAAUAAUUAUAUAGUAAAGACCUUAAUUAUUAGCUCUAACAGUUUUAGGUUUUUUUGUUUUGCUUUUUUUACAUAGAUACACUGCCAAUAUUUAUCUUUUCCUUUUUCAAGGGGUACUGAAGUCUUAUGUGUGUACACACAGUGAGAUCCUUGCUAUGCCUGAUUUUGACUAUGCCAUUUCCCUUGAACUCGCCCAGAUAGCACAGAUUGUACAGAUUUUGACUAUCUGUGCUUGAGAUUUUGUCUAUGUACGAUUUUGACUAGGUGCCAAUUUUGACUAUACUUUGUACUAGAUUGUACACUAGAUAGUCAAGAUUGACUUGUCUGCACAGUCUAUCUAGCCUUACGAUACCGACCCCACGGGAGCGCGCAUCGGGAUCGAAUCUGUAUCGCAAGCUGCCUAACACCAUGAGAUAUGCACUAACUUUUCAUAAGAUUUUGACUAUAUAGUCAAAAUCUCACAGAUUUAUCUCGCCGUGUGUACACACCCUUAAGUUGACUUCUAUUAUUAUUAACAGUGGGGAAUAUCUGUAGUGUAUUAAGCAUUUCCAGUACUGGUAUGAUAUUGUCACUGCACAAAAGUUUUCCGUAUACGUUAGGGCAUGUAGUAAUGACAUAUUAUAAAGAUAAGACAUUAUAACAGAUUUCCCUUUGUUCCAGUUUCUGAAAAGCUACAGACAAGAUUUUAUUCCUGCAAAUAAUUUAUUAUGUUUUUGUCUUGAUCACAGAUAAUUAGUAAAGUUUUGUCUUGAUGAGAGAUGGCACAAUUCCAGCUUAAAAAGAAAAUGCUUUCUAUAAAAUGGAAACAUUGAGAAAAGGCGCAGGUGUUUUAGCUACUCUGGUUAUGUCUCCGCUAGAACGCAGUAAGAUAAUAAUGUUGGGUUUUUAUGUAUGCAGUUUAGGCAAACCUGAAUUGCUUCACAUUUCUCUUACAUGCUUCGCUUUAGGCUACACUAAUUCUUAUUAUGACAUAUCCUUACCAAUAAUCAAUUCUCAUAAAUUACGUCUUUACUUUCCAAAUAAUUAGUAACACCUUUACUCUUUAGAAAUGUAAUUAAAUAUUCUAUUAGGGACAUGUAUACUACUUAAUUAUUGGAGGCAUAUGAACUGCUCUUUGAAACCAAGUCAGCCAGGCAGCGGGAGAUUUGAAAACUGCUGCCAGUUUGUUGCCCUUUUUCAGGCUCUAGGCUGCCGCCAAAGCAAUCAUAUGGAGCUAGAGCACUCUCCUGAGCUGACUGCUCAUAGGGAAGGCAAGUUACUGUAGUCUGCAAAGCAUCUCCCACAGCCUGCCUGGGGUACACUUACUUCAGCCAGCAGGAUAUUUAAAUCACCACCAAUGCAUUGUGGCACUAGUAAUUAAGUACUGAGACAGACAAGUAUAACUUUAAUCAAGGAAGAAUUCUUAGAAGUGUUAUGUAAUGGUACAUGCAUAGGUGUGUUUAGAAAGUGACCGAAAAGUUAUAGGAGGUUUAUGAGUAGUAGAUUUGUUAUAGAAAGGAAAUUCUGUUAUUUACAAUAUUAGUAAUAUAUUCCUGUUAGGAAAGGUUUAUUGCAAAAGAUAACAUUGCAGUCUCUAAAUGCAGUAUUCUCAUAGGAAAACCUACCAACUAUACCCAUAAUGAUUAGACCUACUAAUUCCAAAUCCAAGCACACUUGAACUACAUACCACGAUUUCCUUAAACGACAAGAAAUACCAGUAUAGAUUACUGUAUCUAAACGCCAUGUAGCAAAGGCCAAUAAGGGACAACAAUAGCCUUUAUCUCAGCAUAGUGAAAGAAAAUCCAACAGAAUAUGGCACAUGUAUGUUAUGUUCUAUGGAGCAGUUUAGUUGAAGCAAGUCAUCCCGGCUGGGCAGUCAUUCAUUGAUCUGUUGAUCUGGCUAGUGACAUGUAUACUGCACUAACUAAAUUGGGAAUUUGAUCAUUGGUAUAGUCCACAUUGGUUAAUAAGUUAUCUUUGUACUUUAAGGUUACUGUUACCAGCUCAGACAGCUGGCAGCGUUUUGUAGGCUGAUCUAAUAUACAUGAUAAUACACUUUGUGGCAGAUUUCACAACGAAUGAUACAGUAUUCUUGUUAUCACUCGUGAAUGAUAAAUGGUGCUUCAGCCAAUCGGCUUCUAACUGUCAUGUUUAAAAAAAAAAACGACAGGAGUUGAUUGGCUGGAGCACCAUUUAUCAUUUGUAACAAGUGAUAACAAGAAUAUCACUUUUUGUUAAAUCCAGCCCUUUGUGCCUUUUCCCCUGCAGAUGUCACAACUGCUAGUGUACUUGAUGGGCUACCCAUUGGUCUAACCAUGCAAAAUAGUGGUUUCCACUUAGUAUAGGUUAAUGACACAUGUACAAAAGGGGAUAAAACCUCAGCCUGUUAGCACAAUGUAUAUGACCUGUGUAGUGUCAGAUGUCCCAGGACUGGAUGUGUUUUUUUAUCCAUAUGUCAAUUUAGUACAGACUGCAUCAUUUAAAUUCAUUUUGGUUAGGUAUUUACAUUUAUAUGAAAUUGGCAAUUUUUUAAUUUCAGGACUAAACGAUUUUACUCAUAAGUACUGAUUCAAGUACAGAUUUAUGUUGAAUCCAGCACAAAAAUUGGGUUGGUGUCUAAAUGCUUUAUGUUGGGACACAAGCAGAACAUCGGUACAUUGCUGCUCAUAGAAAGGUUAUUGACAGGCGCCUAAUGUAAGGGUAUCAUUUACCUUUGUUUGCAACCAAGGAGAAAAAUAGGGACUUCUAGCAGCCACACCGAAGCUAUUACUACAUUGCAGCUCAUGCAUGCAGCCAUAUACAUGACAUUGUAUACAAAUAUUGUGUUUCCCAGUGGUAAUCCACUCAAAUACCUACUCUUAACCAGAGCAAACAGCAAUGCAUUGUAUUGUAACAGACUACCCCCAGCUACAACUGUUAGUAAACAGGAACUAAAUAUAAAGGAGUAAAGCCAAAAAGCAAGUGACUGUGCACCUUGGCAGUAAAAUGUCGCACUGCAGGUGGGGAAGGCUUAAAUGUGCAGAGAGACUUAGAUUUCAGAGGGGCGUGUCCAGACUCAAAUCUAAAUUUCAAUGUAAAAAUAAAGCGUUUGUGAGCCACUUGCUAGUAUUUACCCUGCAAACAAAAUAAUUAAUUUGCAACCCUUGCAUUGUAACUUGGCUGGUUCCAGGUGCAGUUACUUCCUCAGAAUCGGCCCCAAAGUUGUAUUCACUUUUAAAUUGAGAUUCAAGACCCUACUUUCUAUUAAUCUGUCCAUUAAGUGCUAGAAGCUGCCACAGUUGCAGAACUAUUUGUUAAGCUACCUGAGAGCAGCAUGUAGGCUUUAUAAAGACUACUAAUGCAGCAACAAAUACAUUAAAUAUAACAUGAAUUCCACUGACUUCUUCAUUGUAAUAAACUUUGUAGUAUUUGCCAUCUGUAAUUGUCUCUAUGAUCUGCCCUAGAAAGUUGAGAUAUAUAUACAUAUGGAUUUCACCAUGUGUUCCCUACAUCUGGGUUUGUGUAAUUCCUAUUUUUGUUGGGAUAAAGUGUGCAAUGUCUAGUUGGGUGUAUUUAUACACUGGAAGAACCACUGAUGUUAGUGCUUUCCAUUAGCACCAUAAUGCUCUAUAAUAUAUCUUACUAAGUUUGUUGUGUUAUUGGAUUUAAUGUAAUGUAUUUUCCCAGUGGCACAUGAAUAGAAGAAGGUGCAUGACAUCACAAGUAAUAGCUGCAAUGCAUAGGGAGAUGCUAUUUCAUGCAUUUUACAAAUGCUAAGAAAUAUAAUUAACGCUAAUUGGUAACAUGACUAAAAGACCAUUUUAUUUGCAUCAGACAGACCUUCUUUUUUUUUUUUGAACACCAGGUUAAAACUGCUGAUUGAUUUAUGCUGUGUAGUUUAUUUAGGUAGAGUAGAAAAGGGCAUGUGCAAAGCUUUUUGGCAUUUUUACUGUACUUUUACCACCCCAAAGGAAAUUAUUCUUCUAUUUCCAGAACUUUCUAAAAAUGUGUGCAAUUUCUGUCACCCUGUAAUACAUUUCUAAACACUGGAGGUACCAUCAGCUGCAUUUGUUCUAACAUUUAGCAACAUUUGGAGAAUAUAGUUGUUUGGUUAUUGUUGGAUACAUGGUCUCUUUAUUUCUGAAAUAAUCAUUAAGCUUUCUCAUGACUUUGUGGCAGCAUGUUGAAUUGUGCUCCUUAUGACUUUUUCUUGGGGUUGUUUAUUGAGGGGACGGGGGGGAGAGAUAUCAGAAUGUUUCUAUAUUAGCAAGUCAGAGCUUGUCCCAUCUGUAAGGCAAUACUACAUACAGGGCUAUUAGCACUUCCUGGCAAAUGCAGUCCAUUUCUGAUUGGUUUCCAGAAGUCAUGUGACAACAGUCAUCUACAGUCAAUCCCAUUGGUACAUUCACAAUAGUGGUUUACUUAGCACACUACAAGGCGUUCAUUAUUGUGAUUUUCUAGGCAUAUGUACAUUUCAUGGCAUCGUUUGGCAAACACUAAAGGUGUGUACACACUGAGAUAUAGCCUUUCGAUUUUGACUAUAUAGUCAAAAUCGCAAGAAAAGUUAGUGGAAAUCGUAAGGUGUUAGGCAGCUUGCGAUACCGAUUCGAUCUCGAUGCGCACUCCCGCGGGAUCGGAAUCGCAAAGUAUAGUCAAAAUCGUACAUGGUCAAAAUCUCAAGCACAGAUAGUCAAAAUCUGUUCUUCUGGGCUCUGGGGGAGUUCAAGGGAAAUCGCAUAGCCAAAAUCGAGCAGAGUCAAAAUCUCACCGUGUGUAUGCACCUUAAGGUAUAAAUGUUGGAAACCUCUACCACUGCUUGUAUUUAGCUAUAGUGUAGUUUUGUGUAGCAUUAGAAAGUAUCCGAGGGGGAGCCUACCUGAUUGAGCUCUGACAUUUUGGGAAUGUUUUUUAAACUCCAAUUUGGGAACUAAGUGGAUAGGAUACAAUGUGGAACUACUUUCGGUGUGUGCAUGUCUAUUUAGACUGUGGAGUUUCUAUCGGAACUUAGUAAUGGUUUGACCUUCACGGGUGUAGCUUUGUUUACUGGAUGUUUUUGUUACCUGUACUCUACUCUAAAAUCCCUGAAAAAUUGUUUAAAAAGAAAAAAUAUGUUCUGAACGCAGAAACUGGGACUAGCCAUCUAUUGCAGCCAGAAAAACACAUUUUAAACUGCUGGUAUUUAACAAAGUCUUGUUUGUUUGUUGUUUUUUUUUUUUUUUUAACAGAGCAGGUCUUUAUCACAUUAGUGUCUUAGGGACAGAUGACAACUCUGUUUGAAAUUUCCUUGCAAGUGAACCAAACUAUUACACAAUAUUUGUAAUUAUUUUUUAUUUAAUAUACUAUCAAUACAUUUAUUAUUUUUUCAUUAUUUUAAUACUAACAAGUAUUACUACAACUAGUGCCUAGCCUGUAACUAAACACUCUACACAAACUGAAAACUAUUAAUAUAACCACAAUUAUUAUUUUUUUUUUUGUUAAAUAAUCUGCAAAUAUAAAACCACGUAUGAAAACCUAACAUUUUGUCCUCCAUUCACUGUAGCUUUCUCCUGUCGUCUCUGUUACAGGUAUUGUGUGAGCCUAGGGGCAAAAUGUUAUAACAGGAAUUUAUACAGAAAUUAUAUUCAGUUUGUGCAAAUAUAUAUAUAUAUACUGUAUAUAUAUUUAAAAAAAAUAAUAGUAAUGCGAACAGAUUUAUUUCUAUUGGUAAAAAAAAUUAAAUUAUUGUGUAUUAAGAAUCACUUCAAUUUAUUUUGUGCCUUUUUUUAUAGUUUAGAAUAUAGAUUGGCUACAUAGAUCAAAUUGUGUCCUCAGUUUAGCUACCUCAAUUGUAGUAAUGGAUACUGUUGUGUCCCUCUGUGAUUGAGUGUAUUUACAUAUUCAGGACUAAAAUAUCAAUCCUAUAGGUACUGCUAAGUGUGCAGAACGUAUGCUAGGAUUGAUGGUACUAUGAUAUCCUAUAUAGAAUGAGAGCCAUAUACAAUUCUUACACCUAUAUUGUGUUUCAUUCUUGCGCUAUAUAUAGUAGCUAUUUGUUCCAGUCAGAAGUGUUUUACACAUUUUACACUUGGGCUGGGCCCACAUAAGAGCUAUUUUAAAAUCCGAUUUACUUACAUCAUUAAAAAUAUAUUAAUAACAUGUCUUUUUUUUUUAAAUAGCUGUAAGUGGUGUGAGAUAGUAUCCUGCUUAAAAGAGCCAGCUUGUAUGAACUUUAUUUUGGUAUAUACUGGGAAAACAAUUUUUAAUGCAAUUAUAUUUCUUAUACUUCUGUUCCUUAAAAAUCACAUUGUAGUGGCACAAAAAUCACAUUGUAGAGGAGAUGGUUAUCCUAAUUGUCAUGCAUGCACAUAGGUGAAGCGAGUUCCUUGAUUUAACAAAAUGUUGAUAAAGCAAUUAAUGUAAUGUAUUUUAGAGAAUGAAGGUCAGCUUAUUUCAUUGCUAAGGAAACAAACUAUAGGUUGUAGAGCCUACUGUGGUGUGCUGCACUGUGCUGUUUGCUGAAAGGUGACCCCAUGUUUACUAGAUCAAAGAUAGUGAACAUUGGGGGAUAUUCAGAUGUGGAAGCAAAUAAUAAAAAGCACACUAAUGGGCAGAACCAUGUUAUAAUGUGCCGAGAGAUUUAGAUUUGGGUGGGGUGUGUUCAAUCUGAAAUCUAAAUUGCAGUGUAAAAAUAAAGCUGUCUAACGUGUAGGCUACAUGCGAAAGCAGCCAAUAAUUACCCUGCACAGAAAAAAUAUAAAUGUAUUCCCCUUGCAUUUGCAACAUGGUUUGUUCCAGAUACAAAGUUACAUGCUUUUUCUGCCUUGCUUCCACAUCUGAAUCAAGGCCAUUGUGUAGAUCCCCAUCUGUUCUCACAGUACUAAUAGUGCAGACUUCAUAUUAACACGUUGCUCUGUUUCUUUUUGAGGUCUGCUAGACAUGCGUUGCCUACUGGUGAUUCUUGCACAGCACAACUUGCCACUCUACAACCACCCAUUAGUUAGGUUCCAUAAAAAAGCUGUUUUUGCUUUCACGCGACAUGAUAUUUUUAUGAUGUAAUCAGGUACUCUCCAAUUUCUGUGUUUUGUUCCCAUCACAUGAUCUGUCUUUGGGGCUGGUUUACACUUGGUAUUGGUGAGCAUUUUUUUUAAUCUUCUUCCUGGUCAUGCAGAAUCCAAGUGCUGGUUUUCUGUCUAUUUCAUGCAGACUUUAGUCCUAUAUGGGAGUAAUGUGUUUGAACGUUGAAUGAUGUCCAGUCUCAUUUGACUUUAAUUUUUCUUUAUUUGUAAUGGAAAAAACACAUAAAGACUCACAUGUGGAUGAGCCCUUUUUGGGUUUUGUUUUUUGUAACCUACAUUUCUGGUGAAUUGCUGCUUUUUCUUGCUUGCUUGCUUUUCUUUCUUUUUCUUUCUUUUUCUUUCUUUUUCUUUCUUUUUCUUUCUUUUUCUUUCUUUUUCUUUCUUUUUCAUAUUUCCAUUUCUGUUGCCAAAAAACUGGUGGUAAGGAAGGUUUGACAUCGCCCCAGCAGGGCUGGCUGGGCAAAUCUGUCUUGUUUGCAUUUGUAACUACACUUUUAACAUUUAUAAUGUCUAUUUUCACCAUGUUUAGUCAUCAUAACAACCUCCUCAUUUUUGUGUUAGGGAGUUGGUUUAUGUAGACUUGUUUUGCUAACAUGUUCUGUUAUUUAAUGUUUGUUAUUGACUUGAAGUAAGCUGGUCAUUAAAUGAUGAAGAAACUGCCUGCAUAUUUCUGUUACAUUAGCUAAUAUGACUAUACAUCGUCAUCCAUAAUGUAUAUUAUGUCUAUAUUGGUUACCCAGGUUCUGCAACCUGAAUAAAGGAAAAUGCAUUUUAACCUCUGA